CCCCGCGGACGAAACGAGACAGUGAGCUUUCUACAAACACUUAACAUUCGCACUUGAAGCUAGGCACCAAGAGCUUCACAGCACAGCACCACCGGCCAUGGCGCCGCCGCCGCCGCUCCGUCACGUAGCCAUGUUCCCCUUCAUGGCGAAGGGCCACGCCAUGCCGCUCAUCCACCUGGCCCGCCUCCUCCUGGACCGCGGCCUCGCCUCGUCGAUCACCUUCUUCACCACCCCGCGCAACGCGCCCUUCCUCCGCGCCUCCCUCGCCGGCACUCCCGCCGCCUUCGUCGAGCUACCCUUCCCCUCGGAGGACGCCCCGCAGAGCAUGGACGAGCUACCCUCCGCGUCCUCCUGCUUCGGGGACUUUAUCUACGCGGUGGCGGACGCGCUCGGGCCGGCGUUCGCCGACGCGCUGGCACGCAUCGAGCCACGGCCGGACGUGCUCGUCCACGACGGCUUCCUCUUCUGGGCCAAGCAAGCCGCGGACGAGCUCGCCGUGCCGCGGCUCGUCACCUGUGGCUUCAGCGCCUUCGCCUCCUACGUCGCCCACGCGGUCAUGGCGCACAGGCCGCUCUCGCAGGUGGCCUCGCCGUCCGAGCCGUUCCCGCUCCACGGCGUGUCCGGCGGUGAUCUCCGCCUCACGCAAUCCGACCUCCACCCGCCCUUCGACGACCCGGCCCCGUCCGGCCCGCUCUGGGACUUCGUGUGCCAGAGCUCCACAUGCAUGCACACCAGCGCAGGCAUUAUCGCGAACACCUUCGACGCGCUCGAGUCGUGCUACGUCGACCUCUGGAACCGCUCCGUCCCGCAGGCCAAGAUGUGGCCCGUCGGUCCCUUGUGCCUCGCCUCCUCCGCUGAACAACCAGUGCAGGCUACGACGACGGAUAUCGACCGGGAGAUCUUGGAUUGGCUCGACUCCAGGCUCGCCAUGGACAGACCCGUCCUCUACGUCGCGUUCGGCUCGCAGGCCGAGCUCAGCCGGGCCCAGCUGGAGGAAGUCGCCGUUGGGCUGGAACUCUCCGGCCUAGACUUCAUAUGGGUGGUCCGGCCCAAGUGGUUCGACCACCCCGAGGACGAACUCAUCAUCAAGGACAGGUUCGGAGACAGGGGCAAGGUGGUACAAGGCUUCAUCAACCAGCUACAAGUCCUAAGCCACGGAGCCACCAAAGGAUUCUUCACCCACUGCGGGUGGAACUCGGUGCUGGAGAGCAUCGCCACGGGCGUGCCCAUGCUGGCGUUCCCGAUGGCCGCCGAGCAGAAGCUCAACGCGAAGUUCGUCGUGGACGUGGUCCAUGCCGGGCUUAGAGUCUGGCACAAAGAAGGAGGGUUGGUUGUGAGCGGAGACGUGCAGGCGUCGGCACGGGAGCUGGUGUUGGGAGAAGGAGGGAGACGUGCCGCUGCGGGGGCCGCUGAGCUCUCGAUGGCUUCUAGAAAGGCCAUGGAUGUGGGUGGUUCCUCGUUUGAGAACCUGGCGCGGAUGGUCCAGGAGGUUAGUGAGAUCGGUGGAGCUCCAGCCGAGAGUGAAGUUGAGUAGUCGUAAUCAUUUGUUUUGUUUGUUUAUGUUCUGUUAACUUGGGACAGCACAGCGGUCCUUGUACAUGCGAGGACUUCAGCUUUCAUGUGCUGGAAGUGUCUUAAAAUAAUUUUUUGGCGUUUACAUUGUCU